ACCGCACCCACUCGCCAUCAAACCCCCGUCAUCCUCCCACAUGGCCGGAGCCGCCUCGGGAUCGCCAUGGCCAUGAGAUCCUCGACAGCGACGUCGCUGCUCUCCAGAACCCUCCGCCUCCGCGCCACCUCCUCCCCGCCCCUCCUCGAACCGUCCGCGCACCGCCUCCCCCGUGUCGAAUCGAGAGCCGCGUCGUCGGGCGGAGGGGAUCCGUCGGGCGAGGAGCCGGCGCCGGCGCCCAUGGACUCCCCGAUCAAGGUGUUCUCCGACCUCCGCGGCGGAGGGGGCGGCCGCGGCGGGGGCGGGGCGAUCGACGCGGGCGGGUCGGCGCGGAAGCCGCUCAGCCUGUGGCCCGGGAUGUACCACUCGCCGGUCACCAACGCGCUGUGGGAGGCGCGGUCCAGCAUCUUCGAGCGCAAGAUGGACGCCGGGGGCAACGCCGACGCCGGCCCGCAGACGGAGCUGCUCACCAAGAGGCCCGCACAGAGCCGGACCUCCAUCGUCUACAAGUUCGCCUCCGACGACAUCCUCCGCGAGCAGUACCGCGACCCCUGGAACGAGGUGCGCGUCGGCAAGCUGCUCGAGGACCUCGACGCCCUCGCCGGCACCAUCGCCGUCAAGCACUGUUCUGAUGACGAUAGCACAACAAGACCCCUUUUGUUAGUUACUGCUUCUGUGGAUAAGAUGGUCUUAAUGAAGCCACUUCGUCUGGACACUGAAGUAAAGAUUACAGGGGCUGUUACUUACGUUGGUCGCUCUUCGAUUGAUAUACAGAUUGAAGUGACUCAGGUUGAUCAAGACGGUGAUGUGCAGUCAGACCCAAUUGCAUUGACGGCUAACUUCACAUUUGUUGCACGAGACUCGGUGACCGGAAAAUCCGCUCCAGUGAACCGCCUUUCACCAGAAACCGAGAGAGAGAAGCAGUUAUAUGCAGAGACAGAAGCACUGGAAAAGGUGAAAAGAAGGAAAAGAGAAGAACAGAAGGGAGUGCUUGAAAAGGGGGUGCAUAAGCUUGGUGCUGAGGCUGAGAGGCUGAAGGCUUUACUGGCAGAGGGUCGUGUUUUCUCUGAUUUUCCUGCUUUGGCUGAUAGGGAUAGCAUAUUGAUGAAGGAUACUCGCCUGGAGACCUCUAUGAUCUGCCAGCCUCAACAGCGAAACUUGUAUGGACGGAUAUUUGGAGGUUUCUUGAUGCACCGAGCAUUUGAGCUUGCUUUCUCGACUGCCUAUGCCUUUGUUGGACAGAGACCGUGUUUUCUUGAGGUCGACCAUGUCGACUUCUUAAAGCCGGUGGAUGUUGGAGACUUUCUUCGAUUCAAAUCAUGUGUCUUGUUUACCCAGCUUGAGAAUAAAUGGCAGCCCCUGGUAAAUGUCGAAGUCGUCGCUCAUGUGACAAGGCCCGAGCUCCGAAAAAGCGAGAUCUCCAACACAUUCCACUUCACCUUCUCAGUCGGCAGCGACGCUCUGAAGAAUGGAGUGAACAUCCGCAACGUUGUUCCCUCAACCGAAGAAGAGGCACGCCGUAUAUUAAACCGCAUGGAUGCCGAGGGUUUGUUCGAUUGAUCCUUCGGCGGAGUCACUGGUUCCAGCCAUAAUUUUAGCAACUUUUUACUGGCCAUGUUAACUAGUGGGAGAUGUACCCCAUGAUUUGAACAUCAGCAGCAGAUAAGCAGCAUGCUGGCAGAAGACCGGCGAAAGUGUAGCUUUUUGGCGUUUCUUUUGGGAAAUUAUUUGGAGUAUAGUAGUGGGAUAUAUAAUAACCCCAGCCUCGAGACCCAAAAAAUGUGCCUUUUGUGAGGGCACUGUCCAUUGAUUAUAUAUGUAUAAUUGCUUUUUUUUUGUUUCAGCAUGUAAACAAAGAUAGAGGCCAUUAGGUCACUGCCUUCAGGUCAGAGUGAAAGAAUGCAGGGAUAAUUCUCUUGUCAGCAUGGGGAGCAAAAGACGAAUCCUAGCAGAUCCUGAAAGGUUGUAGCUGCAGUGAGUAAAUAUAAAUGUGGCUACUGGCCACUUCUACUUUGAUCA